GGGAGGGUGAUCUCUGUUGUCUCUGCUUCACUUCUACCUUCUGCAGUGGCUGUCUAUUUCUUUUGUGUCUUAUUCCUAGUAAACAAGGAAAGGCGAGUUGAUUGUUGUGGUGCAGACCUGCUAACCAAAGGUUUUAAACCCCAGACUUUAUUUAUUGUCUUGGUUGUGUUUGAGCCAUGGCGUCCGAGAGCCCCUGGAGGAAGCUUCUAAGUGAAGCCACCUGCCCCAGCUGUCUAGAAUACUUUACCGAUCCCAUGAUUCUAGACUGUGGCCAUAACCUCUGCUUUCCGUGCCUUGCCUACCUCUGGAAUGACUUUCCCACCACGGCCAGGUGUCCUCGGUGUGCAACGGCGAUCUCUCCGAAAAACUUUAAGGUGAACUUGCAGCUGGCCAACAUGGUGGAGAUAGCCAAGGAGCUGAAACCAGAGACGAGAGAGGAGGGGCGCUGCCUGCACCACGGGGAGCCCCUGAAACUCUUCUGCAAGGACGACAAAGCCCCCAUCUGUGUGGUGUGUGACAAAGCUGUGGAGCACCGCGAGCACAAGGUUGUCCCGGUGAAGGAGGCAGCCCAAGAAUACAAGACCUGGAAACACCUGGAGACUUUAAAAAAGGAGCUAGACAACAUGCUGGCAAGCAAAAGACAGACAGAAAAGGAAAGCCAAGACUUGUUGAAGCAAAUGAAGGCAGUGAGAGAAAAAAUGAGGCAUGAAUUCGGUCAGUUACACCAGUUUCUGAUAGAACAAGAGAAGCGACUGCUGGUCCGGAUGGAAGAAGCCGAGGAGGAGAUUGCAGGGAAAAGAGACGAACAUCUGGCCAAACUCUCAGAGGAACUUGCUUCUCUUGAGAGCUUCCUCCAGGAGAUGGAGGAAAAGCAGAAGGAACCAGGCAGUGAAAUCCUGCAGGAUGUUGGAAACUUCUUGCUGAGGCGUCAGAGAAGGAAACUGAAUCCCGUGGCUUUUCCUCCUGAGUUGAAAUGGCUGAUCUGGGACAUCUGUGAUAUAAAUCCCUUUCUGGAAGGGGUCAUGAGGCCAUUCAAAGACACCCUGGUUUCAGGACUUCACCAGCAAAAAGUAAAUGUUCACUUGGAUCCACUCACAGCGAACCACUGGCUGAUUGUGUCUGAAGACUGUAAAAGUGUACGAGAGGGAAGUGAGUGUCAGUCCCUACCCGACACCCCGGAGCGAUUUGAUAUGUGUGGCCUUGUGCUGGGGUGUGAGGAAUUCACCACCGGCAGGCACUUCUGGGACGUCGGUGUGAGCAGUGAGGAGCAGUGGUCUGUCGGGGUGGCCAAGAAGUCUUUGAACAGAAAGGGAGAUCCCACUUUUGGUUCCGAGGAAGGAGUCUGGGAGUUUGGGAAGUGGGGAGGCAAAUAUAGGGCCUACGACCCCCCAGCUAACACGGUCCUCUCCUUGGGCGAGAAGCCCAGUAGGAUCCGAGUGGCGCUGAACUACGAGGGGAGACGGGUGGCCUUUUACGAUGCGGACAGAGGAGCCUUCCUUUAUGCCUUCACAGCCGCUACCUUCAGCGGAGAGACGGUUCAGCCAUGGUUUUAUGUGACUGAGAAAGCCCACCUAGUAAUUUCUCCUUGAUGGUGAUGAGAGAGAGAGAGAACAAAGGAAUUGGGAACGUCUGUCUCUGAAGAUGUUGGACUACAACUCCCAUCAGCACUUGCCACCAGAACCGGUGGUGAGAAAUGAUGGGAGUUGCAGUCCAAUGCCUGGAGGCCUUCACAGUUCCUCACAAGCCCCGAUGUAUGGAACUUUACUCCAGUUCUGACAUAUGAAGUACACACUAAAAAUGGUUCACUUUUCCUCAUUGGAAGCAAUAUUUGCAUGAUAGUGAUUGGCUGGCCUAGGUGGCAAUCAUGAAGAAAUCUCCCCCUUCAGAGCAUAGUUGCGGACAACUUCGAUUGUCAAUUAGACUUAAAAAAAACUUUUUUCUAUCCCUGUCAAAGUGUGACAGCAACAAUUAGGGGGUAAAUCUUAAAACAUAAACAAAGCCCAGGAUACCUUUGUAGUAGAUACAGAUUUCUGAAUCUCUCCUUCUAUGGUUUUAAUUUACACACACACACAAGACCAUGCAGGAAAUAUUUUUUUAAACAAUGGGUGGGAAAAAACAAAGAGGGAGGAUGGUUGAAGCCUCUCUCGCUUGUGUUUUGAUCAUAAUCUAGAGAUGUGGGUUACAUGCUUUUACAAUAGAGAGAAGCAGAAGAACAAUCUUAGGAGCAUAGUACAUAUUUAAUUCUGUAGUUUCUCUCUAAAACUUCAUAUUUCUACAACCUCCAUAAGUUUGUAUCUCUUUCUGUUGUCCUUCGGCCUAAUAACUCUGGAAAUGAACAAAACACAAUUAAUUCUUUGAUGAUAAAUGAGGUGGGAUUCUAAGCAAAACGCAUUCUGUAUAUUCAAAGAAAUACCUCCGCCUGUUUAAGUCACCUUGGACAUCUCUGAGGGACAUUACAAAGGGAGAACUAUUAGGUGCUGGGGGUAGACGUAAUUUUGCCUGUUAGAUGAGCUACAGUUAAUUGUGGAGCAGAUCCAGGUUUUCAGACAGCCCAUCUGUUUGCCUUUUAAAAAUAUCUGACAAUUUUUCAUCUUAAUUUGCCCAAAUAUUUUGUUACAGACUGCAAUGCAUAUUUAUGGCAGACUAGUAUUUUAAUUGCCAAAUCUUGGGUGUUUUAUGUUGAUUUUUAUACUUCUAUUAAAGGCUUAUUUUUCAGUU